UGUGUGUAUCUGACAGAGUCUGUAUCUGACAGAGUGUGUGUGUGUGUGUGUUUCAGCGUGCGUGGAGCAGGAACUGCAGCGAUCAACAUGUGUCUGGUGGCGUGCGGCUGCGUGGAGGCGUACUAUGAGAUCGGGAUCCACGUGUGGGACGUGGCGGCCGGCUCGCUGAUGGUGUUGGAGGCGGGAGGCGUCCUGAUGGAUGUGGACGGAGGAGACGUCGACCUGAUGUCUAGACGGAUCGUCGCCGCCAACAACAGAACCAUCGCAGAAAGGAUCGUCAAAGAGAUCGACUCCUUCAGGCCGCCGAGAGACGACGCUCCACCGCCGCUCAAAGUGUGAAGACCGUAGGCCGUAUGUAAAGAUGGAGGACAUGGCAGCAUCGCCCCCUGCUGUCUGACUGCAGUACAGGUCCUAAGACCCGCCCCUCCAUGUUGCUGAAUGGUCAUAGGCUGAAUUAAAAACUCAACGUACACGACAAAUAAAUGUUUCCCAAAGACGGUUUCUGUCCCUGAAGUAGCUCAUCACCCUGACCUUUGUCCAGGUGUUUGUUUGUUCAGCUGUUUGUUUUCACGAUCAGCUCGGUUUUAAUUUAUUAAAUUAUAUUUCCACCAUGAUUGACAGCCGUGGCAGCCAAUCCAUGCGCUCACAUUCAAUACGCACGGGAACUCCCUCACUGUGGGAAGCUUCUGCGCAGGUGCAGGGCUCCCAAUGACUCGUAUCCGGAUAUUUUAAGGUCACUUUAGCAUAGCGAGGGCAAGAGGGGGCGCGGCGUCCAUCUUCAUUUACAGUCUAUGGUGAAGACGCACAGGUCACUGACGAGUUUCUGUUUGACACGUGUUCAGUUUGUGACAAAUAAAGAGAUGAGUGCGUUA